GUCCUUGUCCGGAAUAUCUUAUUUCGUACAGAGGUAUCGUUCAUGUGAGACAAGUAUACGUGGUAUAGUGGCGAAGUCUGUAUCAGACGUCCCGGAGAACUUUUACCGACCCUCUCGUCAAGCUCUGACGCGUCUCGAUAGAUUGUAUUAUGGUUGUCAAUCCGAAUGCGUCAAAGGCUACAGACUACGGUACAACCAAACCAAAUCAAGGUAUGAUUAUUCCAGGAAGGCCAAUAUCUCUGUAUGUAGUGUUCCAAAGGCCGGGAGUACACUAUUUACACUGGUUCUCCUCGCCCUGGAGGUCCCGGAGGGGACAGACAUAGAAACUAUAUUCCAGAUGAAACGGAGUUUGGUGCAUGCUCAAUCUGGCCGUUACUUACGGAAAGCAUACAGGCAAAGUGUGCCAGCUAGAAACGUCCUAGUUACCAGAGAUCCCUAUCGAAGAUUGUUUUCCGCUUAUGUUGACAAACAAAUGCUAAGGCUACCAACACAUGAUGUUAACUCGAGCAAGUUGAUAUGUGGCAACUAUGUGACCUUCGAUCGUUUCCUCAGUCACAUCUUGUCUAAAGGAUUCCGGGGAGGGUAUCUAGAUCGCCAUGUUGCUCCGAUAGCUUUGUUGUGUGAACCAUGUGACACGAGAUAUGAAUUUGUCGCCAAACAAGAAACGUUGACGGAAGAUAUCACUUUUCUUCUAGAGAAUGUAACCGUCGUACCAAAACGCACAAGGGAAUUAAUUUUACGUGUGUUACAUGGAGAGGUGAACGCGAGAACUCUGAUUGGUGUGAUCGACACUUUGGUGCAAAGAGCCUUAGACACAUGCAGUAACAUACUGGACUACAUCUCAUCCCUCUGGACAGUGUUUAAAAUCCAGGGAAUCAUACGUUAUGACAUUGUGUUUCCUCGGGAGUAUCUGGAGCAGCUUCCCACUGUAGACGUGAGUGUCGUUACGUCAGUUGUUAAACAGGCGAUUGCCUUCCACCCUCUGACCAUUGAGGACAGAAAUAAACAGAGGCGGCACGCGCUGGUGACGGCCUACGCCGGGGUCUCCUCUCACACUAUUCGAGGGAUACAGGACAUGUACUUUAAAGACUUUGUGCUGUUUGAUUACGAUAUCCAACCUCCAUUAUAAUAAUAUAUAUAAUCAUAUAACAAUGCAUUGUUUGCUAUAUGUAUAUACAACAUUAUCUAUAUGGGUAAAGGCAGUAAUAUUAACGGUAGGUUCACAAAUAACACUGGAUCAUUGAAAACGUAGGUUUGUAGGAUACGAAUCACUUAGAAUUUGGCAACAUCAUAUUGUCAACAUUAU